AUUGUGAACAGCCGUGUGAGAGACGUUUACUCGCACAGCAAUGGCUUCGCCGUUUCUGGAGAGUCCUGUGGAUAUAGGCGCUCAAAUUGUAAAAAGAGCUUUUCGCGAGGAAAGGGUGUUGCGAGAUAGACAAAACCCACUUGCCUUCCCUGAUGACUAUUUAUACGAGAGAUACAGAUUUUCGGCGGAAGGAAUCGUGUAUCUUUGUCGGCUUCUUGAGCGCCACAUUAAAAAUCCGACGCGGCGAAGUCAAGCGAUCAGUGUACCUCAAAUGUUAUGCAUUGCCUUGCGUUUCUUCACAAGCGGUACAUAUCUGUAUGCUGUGGGUGAUGCCGAAAAGAUCAGUAAAAACACUGUCUGCCGAACUAUCCGCCGGGUGGUCAUCGCACUUCAGAGAUAUAUAAACACUUUCAUUGUGUUCCCUGGUCAUUUACCCACUGUUGCCAUAAAGGAGGGUUUUCAUAAAAUAGCUGGAUUCCCCAAAGUCAUUGGAGCAAUAGAUUGCACACACAUUGCAAUUUCUAAGCCCGUUAAAGAGAUUGAGGCUGACUAUAUUGACAAGAAAUUCACUCACAGCCUCAAUGUUCAGAUGACAUGUGACCAUCAAUGUAUGGUCACAAGCUUGGAUGCUAGAUGGCCUGGAUCAGUACAUGACUCUCAAAUUUUCAACGCAUCAGUGUUGUAUCAGCGCUUUAAGGACGGGCUAUAUGAUGGCAUCUUGGUAGGAGACAGAGCAUAUGCUUGUCAGAGCUUUUUGAUGUCUCCCUAUCAGAACCCAGAGACACGACCACAGCAUGACUUCAACAUGGCCCUCGGUCAAACAGGGCUCAUGAUAAAAAGGACUUUUGGCAUUUUAAAGUCACGGUUUGGAUGUCUCCGUGAUCUAAGGGUGUCACCAGAACGGGCAUCACAGAUCGUCGGUGCGUGUGUUGUCCUCCACAACAUAGCUACUACAAGAAAGGAAGCAAUGCCACAGGAACACCACAUCCCCCCUGAUGACGUUGAUCCUGUUAGCCCGGAUCACCCAGCUGGCAGAGCUAUGCGAGAUAACAUAACUACACAGUAUUUUUAG